UGAAAAAUGACGUCUCGACACGCAUUUUCUAAGACGAUAUUUGCGCUUUUGGCUUUCCAAAGCGCUGUGCCCGCUCACCCAUGCGUGCGACCCGCACCCGUCGUGACCGCGCAGUUCCUUCAGCAGCAGCAGUAGCAGUUGAGCCGAGCGCGCAGAGCGGCCCAAGAGCAGCCAGACAUUUUCGUGAUGAUACUGAGCGGGACGGACUGUUUUACCCGAACAUUCAGCAGCAUGGCCGGGUGAGUCCCAGCUGCGACACAGGCUCAAAGUUAGAGGACUACGGAAGAACGUGCAGUGUCGACGCGGGGAACGGAUUUGCACCGUCGGUGAUGCGACUGAUCGAGUGAUUUUUUUUCAUCCUCCGCAAGACACAGUGGCACACGGUCCUUGGGUGUCGGGCCAACACGCUGAACUCUGCCCACGUUCAGAACACUGACGAUGUUGUUUUCACAAAAAGUGACAGGAUUGAGUCAUGGUGGAAUGGAUGUGAAAAUGGGCCAGUGGGCAGGUAUGCAAGCCCCUCUCCUCAGCCUGGCCCUUCUGCUGCCAUUGCUGCUGUUCAAGCCACCACUCUGCUGCAGCCAGAGCACACAGGGGGGCCCUCAGGAUGGACCUCACUUUGGCUUCACUCAGGCUGUCUACCAUGCCACAGUUUAUGAAAACUCAGCAGCACGUACCUACGCCAACAGUAAAGUUAAAAUGGGCAUCCACCUGGCCCUGCGCUCCUGGGAGAUCCGCUACAGAAUCACAUCAGGUGAUGAUGAAGGGCUAUUCAAGGCUGAGGAGUUUGUGCUGGGUGAUUUCUGCUUCUUGCGCAUAAGGACUAAGGGUGGAAACGCAGCCAUCUUGAACCGAGAGAUUCAGGAUAAUUAUGUAUUGACAGUGAAAGCCUCUGUCAAGGGAGAUGCUUUCCUUGAGACCUGGACUAAAGUCAGCAUCCAGGUUUUGGAUAUGAAUGACCUACGACCCUUGUUCUCUCCCACCACUUACUCCGUCACCAUCGCGGAGAGCACACCUCUCAGGACCAGCAUAGCACAAGUUACCGCGACAGAUGCAGAUAUUGGCUCCAAUGGGGAGUUUUACUAUUUUUUCAAGGAGAAAAUGGAACUAUUUGCAGUACACCCAACAAGUGGAGUUGUUUCUCUCAGUGGAAAGCUUAAUGUUGAUGAGCAGAGCCGGUAUGACUUAGAAAUCCUUGCAGUGGACCGUGGCAUGAAGCUCUAUGGAAAUAAUGGGGUCAGCAGCACAGCCAAGCUUUUUGUUCAUGUAGAGCGUGUGAAUGAGCAUGCCCCAAUGAUGAAUGUGGUCACCCACAGUCCAUCGUGGCUUGAUAAAAACCCUGUGUAUGCCAUGGUCACUGUUGACGACCUAGAUGAAGGCAUAAAUGGAGAAAUAGACUCAGUGGAUAUUGUCGGUGGAGACCCCUCAGAGCAGUUUUUUGUAGAAAGAUCUGAGCAAGGUGAAUUUGCCAUAAAAGCCUCUGAGUCAGUAAAUUGGGAGAUAUAUCCUUAUGGCUGUAACCUUACUUUGCAGGCUAAAGACAGGGGAACCCCACAGAAGUACUCUGUUGCCAAACUUGUCCACAUUAUCGUUAAGAAACAGCAGAUAGAGGAAGCUAAAUUUGAGAAGGAGAUGUAUGAGGUUAGUCUGAAUGAAAUUUCACCACCAGGCACAAUUGUAGAGGCUGUUAAAAUCAAACCAGAGCCUGAUGAUGCAGAAUACAUCCUAACUCCUUCUGCAGAUUCAGCUUUUUUUCAAAUUACCACCCUAACAGGUGUCAUCUCAACCAAUAGCUGGUUCACUCAGGUGGACCAGGAUGUCUUUAAUCUUGAGGUACUGGAAAUAGAUAGUGAGCUCAAAGUUAAAGUACGGGUGGCCAUUGAGGAUGCCAAUGAUAAUACACCAACAUUUGCUCAGUCUUCUUAUGAGACUUUUGUAAAUGAAAGUGUACCAGUUGGGACCAAUGUAUUAACAGUUUCUGCUGUGGAUGAGGAUAAAGGAGAAAAUGGAUACAUUACUUACAGUAUUUCCAGCCUUCAGCCAUUACCUUUCAAAAUCAACCAGUUUUCUGGCAUCAUCAGCACCACUAAAGAGCUGGACUUUGAAUCCUCACCAGAGAGCAUUUUGUUUGUUGUCAGGGCAUCUGACUGGGGCUCACCUUAUAGGCGAGAGAGUGAAGUCAAUGUUACAAUCCACUUGGAAAAUGUAAAUGAUAACCAGCCAUUGUUUGAGAACGUAGAAUGCCAGGGCAUGAUCUCAAGGGAUUUCCCAGUGGAUGAACCGAUAACCACAAUGUCAGCGAUUGAUAUAGAUGAGUUAGAGCUAGUUAAAUAUAAAAUAAUUUCAGGUAAUGAAGGGGGGUACUUCAACCUGAACCCAGAUUCAGGGGUCCUUGCAUUGCGAUGUUCCCUUGCUUCAUCCAGUCCAAAGAACAUUAUCUUCAGUCUAAAAAUAACUGCCACAGAUGGUGAGAACUUUUCUGAUCCUAUGUUUGUCAACAUCUCAGUUAUUCAUGGGAAAUCUCCUCCCAGAGGUUUCAACUGUAAAGAGACAAGGGUAGCCCAAAAGUUGGCUGAAAAGUUACUCAAAAAGUCCAAAGCUAGCACCAAGCACAAAAUUGAGGAAGGUUUCAUUGACCUUUUUUCAGUCAAUCGGCAAACGCCCCAAUUUGACAAAGCUUUUCCUACAGAUAUUGCUGUGCGGGAAGACCUAAAGAUUGGCUCGAGUGUUUUCAAGGUUAACGCCUACGAUGGUGACACAGGUUUCAAUGGUCAGAUUAUAUACUCUAUUUCAGAUGGAAACACUGACAGCUGUUUUAGCAUUGACAUGGAGACAGGCGUUGUUGGUGUCUUCCUUCCCAUGGACAGAGAAAAGAGAGAUCGCUAUCUCCUCAACCUAACUAUCUUUGAUCUUGGCCUGCCACAGAAAACGGCGUGGCGUUUGCUUACUGUCUACAUAGAAGACACUAAUGAUAAUGCUCCACAAUUUUUGCAAGAAGGAGGCUACAGAAUUGUAAUACCUGAAAAUACUGCCAUUGGCACAGAUGUCAUCCAGGUUGAGGCCACUGACAAAGAUCUUGGACCCAAUGGGGAGAUUGUAUACUCUGUUUUGACCAGCACCACCCAGUUUAGUAUAAACUCCACUAAUGGCAUAGUAUACGUUGCUGGCCAACUAGACAGGGAGUUUGUUUCUACUUUUAACCUGAAGAUUGAGGCUCGUGACAAGGCAGAUAAAGGGAACCAGAGGUUUUCUGUGUCCACUUUGAAAAUCAUAUUAGAAGAUGUGAAUGACUGCCCCCCACUAUUUAUCCCCAGUGUGUACAAAGCCAAGGCUCUGGAGGAUCUUCCACUAGGAACAGUUGUUGCAUGGUUAGAAACACUGGAUCCAGAUUUGGGGUUGGGAGGCCAGGUCAGGUACUCUCUUGCCAAUGACUACAACGGGUGGUUUGAGGUAGACGGGGCCAGUGGGGCUAUUCGACUAACAAAGGAGCUUGACUAUGAGACCCAGCAGUUCUACAACCUCACUGUGAAGGCCAAAGACAAGGGAAGGCCUGUUUCUCUUCUCUCUGUAACAUUUGUGGAGGUGGAAGUGGUAGACGUGAACGAAAAUCUCUACGCCCCAUACUUUUCCCACUUUGCCUUGACAGGGUUAGUUAAAGAGAAUGCCCGCAUUGGAACUACACUACUCCAAGUCACUGCUAAUGAUGAUGACACAGGUAGAGAUGGAGAAAUCCAGUACUCUAUUCGUGAUGGAAGUGGGCUCGGACGAUUUGCCAUUGAUGAAGAGACAGGGGUGAUCUACACCACUGAUAUAUUGGACCGUGAGACCAAGGACUCCUAUUGGCUAGCAGUGUAUGCCAGCGACCAUGGCGUGGUUCCCCAUUUUACCACUAUCGAGGUGUUCGUCCAGGUGGAAGAUGUUAAUGACAAUGCCCCGCUGACCUCAGAGCCUCUGUACCAGCCCUCGGUGGCCGAGAACUCUCCACGUGAUGUUUCCGUAAUCCAGAUUCAGGCCCAGGACCCUGAUACUAUGUCCCCCGCUGCUGCUGACAGGCUCAACUACCGCAUCAUCAGUGGAAACCCGCAGAACUUCUUCACCAUCAACAGCCACACUGGUCUAAUCACCACAACCUCAAGGAAACUGGACCGUGAACAACAAACAGAGCAUGUUUUAGAGGUGUUGGUGUCAGAUGGGGGUUCUAGUCCCAGACAGACCACAGUGUGGGUGAUGGUUCAGGUCCUCGAUGAAAAUGACAACAAGCCCACAUUUCCAGAGAAGGUCUACCAGGUAAAACUUCCAGAGAGAGAGCGGCGGAAAAAGGGCGAACCCAUCUAUCGGGUGUUUGCUUACGACCGUGAUGAUGGGCCCAACAGUGACCUCUCCUACAGCAUUGUGGAUGGCAACGAGGAUGGGAAGUUCUUCAUCGACCCAAAGACAGCAGUGGUAUCAUCACGCAAGGCCUUCACUGUGGGGAGCUAUGACAUCCUGACUAUCAAAGCAACAGACAACGGGCGUCCUCAGAAGUCCUCCACAGCUCGUCUGCACAUUGAGUGGGUCCGUCGACCUCCCCCCUCGACUCUCACACUACUCUUUGAUGAGCCAUUCUACAACUUCACUGUCAUGGAAAAUGACAAGGUGGCUGAGAUUGUGGGUGUUGUGUCCCUGCAGCAGAGCUCGGCCCACUUGUGGUUUGACAUCACAGGUCCCAAGUCUUUCCGUGAGAUGUUCAUUAUUCUGCAGAGCGCUUGUGACAGGAACUGUUCCUCAGAAGCAGGUGGGAACAGUGACAAUGUGUUUGACGUAGAGAAGGCUGUGGGAACCAUUAUCAUCGCCAAACCUCUGGAUGCUGAGCAGCGGUCUUACUACAACCUCACGGUGCAGGCCACAGAUGGCACCAACACUGCAAACACACAGGUUCACGUCACUGUUAUGGACAACAAUGACAAUGCUCCCAUCUUCUCCCAAUCUACCUAUGAUGUCACUAUUUCUGAAGAUACACCACCUGACACUGAGGUGAUCCAGGUUUUGGCAUCGGACCGUGACGUGCAUCAUCGGCUGGCCUAUUCCCUUCAGAGCUCCAUAGAUCCCAGCAGCAUGCGUCUCUUCCGCAUCCACCCUACCGUGGGCACCAUCUACACUGCUCAGAGGCUGGACCACGAGGCCUGUGCCCAGCACAUCCUCACCGUUGUUGUAAAGGACCAAGAGUUCCCAUACAGAAAGAACCUGGCUCGUGUGCUAAUAGAGGUGGAAGAUAUAAAUGACCAUGUACCCAUUUUUACUAGUGCUCUAUAUGAAGGUCAAGUCUAUGAGUCAGCAGCAGUGGGAUCAGCUGUGGUCCAGGUCACUGCUCUUGACAAAGACAAAGGAGAGAACGCAGAACUACACUACUCCAUUGAAGCAGGGAACACUGGAAAUUCAUUCAAUAUUGAGUCCAUUUUGGGUAUCAUCACUGUUGCACGUGACCUGGAUUUGUCAAGCAUAGGCCAUUAUGUUCUCACUAUCAGAGUCACUGACAAUGGCUCCCCUCCCCUGUCCACCACUACUAUAGUGCGUAUCGCUGUCACCCUCUCUGACAAUGCUGGUCCAAAGUUUCCUCAGCCUGAGUACCAAGCUGAGAUCACAGAGAAAGCGGAAAUUGGGACCUCUGUUAACACAGUCAAUGCAGUCAGCCAGUCCACCCUAACAUAUGACAUCAAGCAAGGGAACACAGACCGUGUUUUUCAGAUUAAUCAAUACAGUGGAGUGAUUACUACUCAAAGGCCUCUCGACUUUGAGACUACAACAUCAUACACCCUGAUAGUCCGAGCUACCAACAUGGCUGGCAUGGCCUCCAAUGCUACUCUGUUAAUCCAGGUAGUGGAUGAAAAUGACAACCCACCAGUGUUCCAACUGCUUCAUUAUCGUGGUAGCAUCAGCGAGGCAGCACCAGUCAACAGUGUGGUCUUGGACUCAGAUGACUCACCUCUAGUAAUUAAGGCCACCGAUGCGGACUGUAACCAAAAUGCCCUGUUGGUCUACCAGAUUGUUGAGGACACAGCAAAAAUGUUCUUCACAGUAGAUUCGGGAACUGGCUCCAUCAGAACCAUUGCAAAUCUAGAUCAUGAGACAUUUUCCACCUUCCACUUCCAUGUUCAUGUUAGGGACAAUGGUAAGCCACAGUUGACAGCAGACAGUCCAACUGAAGUCACAAUACAAGUGAUUGACACAAAUGAUUCACCACCUCAAUUCACCCGGAAUGAUUAUGAAACAGUCCUCCUACUCCCCACCUAUGUGGGAGUAGAGGCUUUGCAGGUUUCAGCUGUAGACCCUGACAAAGAUGUCUCAACACAGCUUACCUACUCUCUGACUGAUGGGGUCCUGGAGUACUUUGCCAUCAAACCAUCAAGUGGAGUCAUCAUAGUCAAAAACACUGACUUCUCCAAAGAACGUUUCCGCUUCAGUGUCAGAGUUUCAGAUGGCAAAUUCUCCAGCAUGGCUUUGGUUACCAUUCUUGUCCGAGAAGCUCUGGACUCUGGCCUCAGCUUCACCCAUAGCCUUUACUCUUCAUCUAUUCAAGAAAAUGUAUCAAAUAUCACCAAAGUGGCUGUUGUCAAUGCAGUGGGAAACCGUCUCAAUGAACCAUUGAAAUACACCCUGUUAAAUGCUGGCACACGCUUCAGAAUCCGUCCUACUUCUGGCGUGAUCCAAACCACAGGUAUACCUUUUGACCGUGAAGAACAAGAGUUUUAUGAACUGAUUGUGGAGGCAAGAAGGGAGCAUGACCGUCUGCAUGUGGCCAGAGUUAUGGUUAGAGUUCAAGUUGAGGACAAAAAUGACAAUGGCCCCGUGUUUGUUGGACUUCCUUAUUAUGCAGCUGUUCAAGUAGAAGCUGAGCCAGGAUCACCAAUUUUCAGGGUCAUGGCAGUAGACAGUGACAAAGGGAUUAAUGGAGAGGUAUCUUACCAUCUCAAGGAUGACCAUGGUCACUUUGAGAUCAACAGGCAGACAGGUGGUCUCAGUCUCAAGAAGGCUUUUGAGUCCGACCUGUCCAAUGUGGAAUACCAGAUGGUGAUAUAUGCCAGAGAUGGGGGUUAUCUCCCUCUCUCAUCUAUAAUAGAGUUUUCCAUCACUGUAGUCAACAAAGCCAUGCCUGUCUUUGACAAAUCCUUUUAUUCUGUUUCUGUUAAUGAGGAUGUAGCUGUGCACACACCUAUCCUCGGCAUCAAUGCCACUAGUCCUGAAGGUCAAAACAUCAUCUACACUAUUGUUGAGGGAGACCAGUCUCUUCAGUUUGACAUUGGUUUUGACACUGGGGUCAUAAGUGUCAUCCACUCUUUGGACUAUGAAGCAGCAUCAUCUUACCAACUGACCAUCAGAGCCACAGACUAUCUUACUGGUGCCCGUGCUGAGGUUGAUGUUGAUGUGAUUGUCCAGGAUGUAAAUGACAACCUGCCUAUCUUCCAGAAAAUGUCCUACAGGGUAAUUCUGUCUGAAACAGCCAUGAUUGGAACUCCAGCACUUCAAGUUAUCGCCACUGAUAAGGACUCAGAGAAGAACAAUGUUGUCCGCUACCAAAUCUUCUCAGGUGCACAUAACAGCACAGACUACUUUCACAUUGAUAGUAGCAGUGGAUUAAUCCUCACAGCACGUAUGCUAGACCAUGAACUACUUCCGAAGUAUGGCUUCAUUGUCAGGGCCACCGAUAAUGGCUUCCCACCACUGAGUAGUGAAGUAUCAGUCAUAGUAAUGGUGAAUGACAUGAAUGACAAUCCUCCAGUUUUCAACCAGCUACUCUAUGAGGCAUAUGUGAAUGAGUUAGCACCUAGGGGUCACUUUGUAACCCGUGUCCAGGCCUCGGAUGCUGACAGCUCAGAUUUUGACAAAUUGGAAUACAGCAUUUUGUCAGGAAAUGAAAAAAUGAACUUUGUGAUGGACAAAAAUACAGGAAUCAUCACCUUGUCUAGUCACCGGAAACAACGAAUGGAGCCGGCCUACAGCCUCAAUGUUUCAGUGUCUGAUGGAGUGUUCACCAGCACUGCACAGAUCCAUGUUAAGGUGUUGAGAGCCAACCUCUACAGUCCAGUUUUUGGGCAGAAUGUGUAUGAGGCAGAGAUAAGAGAGAAUGCCGCUGUAGGAGCCAAAGUUAUACAGGUGAAGGCAGUUGAUGAGGACCCUGGAGAGUUCGGUCACAUCACCUAUUCCUUUGUUAAUGAUGUGGGUAAGGACCAAUUCAGCAUUGAUGGAAGUGGUCAGAUCACCACCGUAGAAAAGCUUGAUCGCGAGGACCCAGCCAAUAAGAACAUCAUUCUGUCAGUGGCAGCCCGAGACUCUGGUGGACGCGACUCCUACUGUACAGUACAAGUUACUCUGUUGGAUGAUAAUGAUAAUGUCCCUCGCUUCCAAGCCACAGAUUACAGAGCUUCAGUCAAAUCUGAUGUGGCUAAAGGAUUUUUGGUGACACAGAUUCAGGCUUAUGACCCCGAUGAUGGCACUAACGCCAAAGUCACAUACUCACUUUACAGUGAGGCACACGUCCCUGUGGUAGACAUUUUGGAGAUAGACCCAGACAAUGGUUGGAUGGUGACUAAAGGCAGCUUCAGCCACCUAAGGAAUUCCAUAUUAUCUUUUUUUGUGAAAGCUGUUGAUGGAGGAAAUCCAGUCCGACACUCUUUAGUUUCUGUCUACAUCCAUGUUCUUUCUCCAGAUGCCUUCAUUCCUCAGUUGAGCCAACAUCAAUAUUCAUUUAGCAUGCCAGAGGAUACCCCUAUAGGUUCAGCCAUAGGGACGGUGCGCCUUAGCACUUCUCCUGGAUAUGCCUCACUCUCUGCUACUUUUGCCCUUGUUAACGGAGAGACUGGCGAAAACAACCAAGACGGGGUGUUUGUGGUGGAAAAGGACACUGGUGUGAUCAAGCUUGAUAAGACUUUGGACUAUGAGUUGAUCAAAGGAUACCUCUUCAAAGUCACUACCACUGUACAGCAGGCUAACCUGGAUUCUGUUACUUCUGUUGAUGUUGAAGUCAAAGUGUUGGAUCUAAAUGACAACAAGCCAGCCUUUGAAGCCAACUCCUAUGAGGCCACAGUUAUGGAAGUAAUGUCUAUUGGAACCAGAAUUAUUCAAGUCCAAGCACUAGACCCAGACUCAGGGGCUAAUGGCCAGGUAACAUACAGUCUUGGGGCAUUAAUCCAGUCAGAGGGAGAUUCAAAAAAACUGGAUAACACCUUUAGCAUUGACAGCAACACAGGCUGGAUCUCAACAUGCAAGGACCUGGACCAUGAGACCAAUCCAUCCUACACAUUUACAGUUGUGGCCUCAGACAUGGGGGAAACCCAGUCUCUUUCCAGUUCCACCACUGUGACAGUGGCAGUGUCAGACAUCAACGACAAUCCGCCCAGGUUUCUGGAGCAGCACUACUUUGGUUCAGUUCAGGAGAGUGACCCCCCAGGCGAGGUGGUGGCUGUGCUGCACACCAGAGAUGAUGACAGCUCUGCUGUUAAUCGACAAGUCAGCUACUACAUUACUGGUGGGAACUAUCGUGGGGUGUUUGCACUUGGCUUGGUUCAGGGUGAAUGGAAGAUGUAUGUGAAGGGGAUGCUGGACAGGGAGGAACGCAACCUCUACGUCAUCAAUGUCACUGCAAGCGAUGGACUCUUUGUUUCCCAGGCAACGUUGGAAAUUACAGUGAUAGACACCAACGACAACAGCCCCAUCUGUGAUCAGGCUGUGUACACUUCCUCAGUUCCAGAGGACCUCCCAGUCAACAGUGUGCUGCUGAGGGUUGGAGCCACAGAUGCAGAUGUGGGUGUCAGUGCCUGGAUCCAGUACACUUUACAUGGUCCUGGCUCCCAGGACUUCAGCAUGGACCCAAACACUGGUGAGGUCAAGUCAUCUGCGACUCUGGACCAUGAGACGAUGCCCAGCUACCAUCUGGUUGCCCAGGCAACCGAUGGUGGUGGGAGGUGGUGCCGUGCUCAGGUGCAGCUGAUAGUUACUGAUGUGAAUGACAAUCCCCCCAUCUUCACCCUGUCACAGUACACUGCCAGUGUCUACGAAGACACUGCCACCAAAGCCCUGCUGACCCGCAUCCAGGCCAUAGACCCAGAUGAAGCAGGUCCAGGUCGGAUGGUGGCUUACUCCCUGGCUGACUCAGCAGGAGGUUCCUUCUCCAUCGAUAAAUCCUCAGGCAUCGUGGUCCUGGAACGCGUUCUUGACCGUGAGGUCCAACCGGCAUAUCAGAUAACAAUCCAGGCUUCAGACCAAGGUUCUCCACUGCCUCUAUUCUCAUUGGUCAAUGUGACAAUUACGGUGCUGGAUGUCAAUGACAAUCCACCUGUGUUUGAGCGUCGUGACCAGCUGGCGACAGUGCCGGAGGAUGUGGGAGUGGGCACUGAGGUUCUGAGAAUUUAUGCCGCGAGCAAGGACAUCGGAACCAAUGCUGAGAUCACUUACAGCAUCAGAUCAGGCAACGAGCACGGGAAGUUCCACAUCCACCCAGUGACCGGUGCCAUUUUAGUGGCCCAGCCUCUGGACUAUGAGACUUGUAGGGACUACUUCCUGACAGUGGAGGCUCGUGAUGGUGGCACGCCACCACUGAGUGCAAUUACUACAGUGAACAUAAAUCUGACAGAUGUCAACGACAACACACCCAAUUUUAGCCAUGACUUCUACAGCGCAGUGGUGUCAGAGGAUGCCACUAUUGGAGAAUAUGUGGUCCAACUGGUAGCAGAAGAUGUGGACAGUCAGCUGAAUGGAGCCAUCCUCUACUCCAUCUUCAGCGGAGACCGAAACAACCAGUUCUUCAUUGACCCACUCAGUGGGGUCAUCAAGGUCAACAAGCAACUGGACAGUGAGACAGUUUCCAGCUACUCAUUGGCUAUCAGAGCUCUGGACAGUGGAAUCCCACCAUUGUCCUCCACCGUCAUGGUCAACAUUGACAUCUCUGACAUCAACGACAACCCGCCCACCUUCUCCCCAGCUAACCUCUCUACUGUCAUACAGGAAAACAAGCCAAUCGGCACUACCAUUCUGCAGUUAUCUGUGAUUGACCAGGACUCCUCCCACAAUGGCCCGCCCUUUGACUUCCACAUCCUGUCAGGAAAUGAAGGCGGAGAGUUCGUGCUAGAGAAGGAUGGAACAUUGGUGGCCAAUCAAGUGUUCAGGAGAGACCUGGCAACUGAAUAUGUUAUUCAGAUACAGGUGAAAGACUCUGGGAAGCCUCGUCUGUCCUCCUCCUCCAUGCUGACGGUCAGGGUGAUUGAGGAGAGCCUUCACCGGCCAGUGGCGUUACCACUGGAGGUUCAUAUCAUCACUAUGGAGGACGAGUUUCCUGGCGGUGUGAUUGGCCAGCUGCACGCCACUGACGCUGACCCUUAUGAUGCGCUGACCUUCGGCCAUGCUCCCCCAGCACAGCGCAGUCUCUUUAAAAUCAGUCGUGAUGGGAAGAUCAUUGCCCUGAGUGGGUUGGAUGCAGGCAGGUACUCCCUUAAUGCCAGUGUUAGCGAUGGCCGCUUUGCCCUGCCUGUGCCUGUGAGUGUGCACGUGGAGCAGGCAACACCAGAGAUGCUGCGUGAGGCUGUGACAGUGCGCUUUGAAAGCGUGGCACCACAAGACUUUGUGGCAUUGCAUCUGAAGAGUGUGUUGAAGGUGCUUCAGCAGGCUGCUACAUCACAGCAGCAGGACACGCUGCACCUGCUCAGUCUGCAGCCGGUAGUUGGGACACAACAACUUGACUUGCUCGCCGCCGUAGAAAGAGUUGGGGGUGGCUACUACAAGGCUGCCUACCUCACCCAGAAACUGAGUGCAUCUCGGCGGAAGCUGGAGGAGGUCCUCAGAGUGUCAGCAAUCCUGGAUAAGAACUGCUCUGGGCUGGAGUGUCGCGGCGCGCAAUGUGAACAGAUCAUCAUCCUGGACUCACACAACCUGGCUACAUACAGCACGCCACGGGUCAGCUUUGUCUCACCUCGCUUUCAACGGACCUCGCGCUGCACAUGCAGUGAUGCCGCCUGUGCUUUGCUGACAGAACAGUGUGAGGACCAACCUUGUCCAGCAGACAUGCAGUGUGUUUCAGUUGAGGCCAGCAGAGGGCAAUACGCAUGCCAGUGUCCACCAGGCAAACUGGGAGAGUGUGCAGGUCAUUCAUCUUUGAGCUUCUCAGGUAACAGCUACAUCAAGUAUAGACUGUCUGAUCAUCUGCAGACAGAGCUGAAGCUCAGCCUGAGGAUCAGAACUCUACAGAGCCGAGGAAUCAUCAUGUACACACACACCGAACCCUGCACUGUGCUCAAGUUGGAGGAGGGGAAGCUGUGGUUCCAGCUGGCCUGUGGCCUUGGUGGUGGUCGCGGAGGUGGUGGCAGCCCCAACAUGAUGGGCAUCUCUGGCCGCCAGAUCAGUGAUGGCAGCUGGCACACUGUGGCACUGGAGCUGAACCGCAACUUCAGCAGCCUGGCGCUAGAUGACAGCUAUGUUGAGCAACGCCGUGGACCGCCAUUCAUCCAACCUCUCGCUCCAGAUAGGACCAUCUACUUUGGAGCACUGGUACAGCAUCCCAACUCUCGCAGCCUCGUGGACUCCCAGAAGGACCCGCCAGUGCUUGAGGGUUUCCAGGGCUGCCUGGACUCUGUCAUGCUGAACAACAAUGAGAUGCCACUGCAGAACAAACGUUCGCGCUACGCAGAGGUGGUGGGAUUGACGGAGCUGAAACUGGGCUGCAUCCUCUACCCUGAUGCCUGCCUGCAGCAGCCCUGUCGCAAUGGAGCCACUUGCAACAGCCUGUCAUCUGGUGGAUUUUCAUGCAGCUGUAACCCCCAGUACAGUGGAGGGCGCUGUGAGGUGGAGAUAACAGCUUGUGUCCCCAAUCCGUGUCAGAAUGGUGGCGUGUGUAAGCCCAUCGGUAAUGCCUUCCUAUGCAGCUGCAGGAGAGGGUUCAAGGGCUUGACCUGUGAGGAAGAUGUAAAUGAGUGCGACCGCAGCAAUCCAGAGGGGGAGUGUGAAAAUGGUGGUGUCUGCGUCAACACUCAUGGUUCCUUCUACUGUAACUGCACAGCAGGCUUUGUGGGCCAGCGCUGCAGCCUGCGCCCUGUUCUUGUCCCCAACAUGCAAGCGGGCCAUGCUGUGGUUGGUAAAGAGGAGCUGAUUGGCAUCGCUGUGGUGCUUUUUGUCAUCAUCACCCUCAUUAUCCUCUUCAUUGCUUUCCGCAAGAAGGUUUUCCAGAAGAACUACUCACGGAACAACCUGUCACUGGUCCAGGACCCGGCCACGGCAGCACUCCUCAACAAAGCCAACGGUGUUCAGUUUAAGACUCUACAUUGCUCACCCGGAGACCCUCUCAACCUGUACUCAGAGCCAGGGCUGGGGUCCACUGUGGUGGGAGGGGGUGGAAUGAUGGGACCUCCACAGGUGCCUGUGAGGCCCAUGGCAUACACGCCGUGUUUCCAAGGAGACCCACGUCCCACGCUGGAGAAGAUGGUGGAUGGACGUGGUGUGGAGCAUACUGAGAUGAGCACCUUUCACCCAGAGUCGCCAAGGAUCCUGUCAGGAACCACCAGGAGGGGGGUGGUGGUGUGCAGUGUGGCCCCCAACCUGCCACCAGUGUCACCCUGUCGCUCAGACUGUGACUCCAUACACAAGAGCCCAUGGGACAGUGAUGAGGGUAAGAUGGUUGACAUGGCAGAAGAAGUAACAUGUUUCUCAGGGAGCAACAAAGGCAGUAACUCAGAGGUCCAAUCACUAAGCUCCUUCCAGUCUGACUCCUGUGAUGACAACGCCUCCAUAGUGACCGUCAUUCGACUGGUCAAUGAUGCAGUCGACACAAUCGAAAGUGAAGUGUCAGUCAUGGACCAAGGUCAAACCUACAACAGAGCAUAUCACUGGGACACUUCAGAUUGGAUGCCAAGCACCAGGCUGUCGAACAUUGAAGAAGUGCCGGGCUACGAAACAGGUCCUGCAAGUGAAGUUGCAAGCUCAGCCGCUCGCCUUGGAGGAAGCACCCGUGAACUUGAAUCAGACUAUUACCUGGGGGGCUACGACAUUGACAGUGAUUACCCUCCUCCCCAUGAAGAAGAGUUCUUGAGCCAAGACCAGUUGCCACCUCCACUGCCCACAGGUGAGGACUAUCCUGAGCCCUAUGCACCACUACCCACCAAUCCACCGGUCUCCAAGGAGAGCACAUUGAGCUCUGGCAGCCCUGGGCAUCAGCAUUCCAGACCACACUUCCAUCCCAGUCAAUACCUGCCUCCCCACCAGCUGCCCCUUGGAGAGGUGCCCCACGGGGACUUCAGCACUUGUGACAUAACCCCAGGAAAUGGGGACACUGAUGACUCUGUGUCACUAAAUAUGCGACUGUCUGUUGGGGCAUCAUCAGCCUCAGACAUGUCGGUUCCCUGUGUGUUGGAUGAUUCUGAACAUGGCAGCGACUUUGACAGUAUGGACGAGCUUCGCCGAGGGGUGACAAUUAUCACUGAGUCCCAGCAACAGACUGAGGUGUGAUUGACUGGUGUGAUUGACUGACCAGUACAGGGACACUUUUGGGUCUAGAAUGUGUCAGAAGGAGCAUAGGAUUUGUCCAGAUGUAAGGAGGUGCACAACUGGAAGUUAUCACAGUGGAAUAAACUUUGUCAUCAACACUAGGUACUGCUACAACCACAUACUGGAAGAUAGACCAUAAAACCCUAAACUUAAAACCAAAUUUCUCUUGUUUUAUGUAUUUAUCUUCUGUUGUAUCUUCCAAUACAAUUCUUUCCAGAAAUGGGAGUGUUUUACAAUACCAUGAACAAAAGACUGACUGUCAGCCCUGUUCCCACAGUGUAGAACUGUCUUGUUCCAAUAGGGAGUCAUUUGUAAUGUGAAAAGAAUGGUAUAGAGCAUGUUAAUGAGAAAGAUUAAUUCAAAAGUGUGUGUGUGAGAGAGACAGAGAGAGAGGAAAUUUGAAAGAAGUGAAAGGAUAAUCAUGAAAGUGAAAGGGGUUGGUUGGUUCCCCGCUCCCUCACAGGAGCCCCCAUCGGUUCUAAAUUUCCCUUUUUCCAUCUUGGGUUUGUGAACAUUGCAGUGCUCCAAGCUUGUACAGACUGUAAAUUAGUAUGACCUUACAGGUGAAAAAGUAUGAAACAAUGUUGUGGCCAUUUUUUGAAAAGCCAUUUAUUUGUUUUGAUGUGAAAUGUGCUUGCUCCUUUCCCAGAAAAAGCAAGCCCCCCAUCAAGUCAGGACAGUUAAGCUAUCCUUUCUCAUUAGCACAAAAUGUCCAGUGUGUCACUGAUCUUCCGAUUUCUUUCUUCUUAUUUUUUGUACCAAGUUUUGUGAUGAAGCCAAGAGCUUUAGAUUCUAGUGUAUCUUAAGGCCUUUUAUGUGAAUAUCACAAAUUAAUCAAACUUAUCGCCAGAUAAGACAUGGUAUUUAUAUUUAGGUUUUAAAGAAAAGGUGAAAUAUUUAUUUCUAAUAUUAUCUCAAAAUGUUUUACGGUGCUCUUCCUGAAAUAACUAACAAUGCUAAAUACGGCUCCAUUUUGCUAGACUUUUAUUGUCAAAAUCUGUACUUAAGUAAAAGGUCUGAAGAAUCUGAAUUACAGCUACAACUGGAUAACAGUCAUAGAAAUACAUUUAGGCAUCAGGGAAUCAUAGUGUGGUAUGUAGCAAAAAUUAAAUAAAUGCGAUAUGAUUGUGAGAAAUAGCUUAUCUUCAAAUUACACAAUGGUUAAGAAGUAAUGUUGAGACUUAAAUCCUAAAAACUGUAUAUUAGCAACCAUAGCUAAUCUUAGGCUCAGUCAUUUUGUUUUGUGGAAUUUCUUUAUCUAUGUUGCACUUGUGAUUUUUGGCUUGUCAUGGUGUUUUGUGCCAUAUUCACAAAUCCUGCAGGUGGUUUACCUGUAAUUGUUCUUUUUUUCUAAGUGUUAUGAAAAGACUGUAAAGGAUACAUGUCACUUUAGAGUCGAAAACCUAUGGCAAAAAUCACAGACCAGCUGCUUUACCUUGCGAGCAUGAGUCAAGGUCCAUCAUUUAUGUGUUCGUACUACAGUGAUGAUCUGCUUCAUGUUGACACACAUGGAGUACAUACAUUUUUAAAGAUAUAUUAUUCCAGUGUUUUCUAUUACUUUGUAGCAUCUUCGCCACAUCUGCAGACAGAAGUCAAACCUUUAUCCAGGUCACUAAUGGCUUAGUUUCCACUAGGCCUCCAGUGUAGACAGCACAGCCGACAGCUUCCGAUCAUCACUGUAUUGUACUAUACUGAUCAACUCGGACAUGCAGCUCCUUCUCUCUUUGUGUUUAAAUCUCUGUACAGUGUUCAUUACUAUGAUGUUUAAUUUUGUAGAUAUGGAAAUCCUAAACUGCCUUUCAGCUUUUUUGUUGGACUGUUGGAUGUGAAUGUGGACAUGAAGAGACUGGAAUAUCAAAUAUAUUCUCUUCUUUCCUCCUCUGCCACUGACCUGCUCAAAGUUACUUUUACUCUUUUAGCUUUGGUUUUUAAUUCCACAUGAAUGCCAUGUCAUAAUAGAUGGUUUUUGCACAGUAUUGAAUUCAGACAUUAUAUCCCAGCAGAUAUUUUGUAUUUUGUUUUGUUGAUAAAAAAACAUUGGUAAUGAGGGAAUCUUUUGUACAUUUCUUUCAUGCAGGUUUUGAUUCAUUUCUAAUGUUCGUUCGAGGUGUUUGUUUUCAAAGACAGGUAGGCAGUGUCAAAAAUAUGUCUAUGUAAGUGUAUAAAAUUAGUGUUGUUGUUUUUGUUUUUUUUAACUUUUUUUUUAUUCAGUGCAGAAAAUAAAAAAAGUGUCUUGCUCGCCA